UUUGAAAUUGGCAUUGGCAUUGGCAAUUGCCUCAUCGCGGCACCUGCAGGCUGCAUGUGCUGGGCGCUCCUCCUCCUCGGAAGCUGUUUCGGGUCUUGACUCAGGUGCUCAAGCGAUGAGCUGAUAUGCGCUUGCAUGUGAGCUGCGCAUUCUUGGCCUCAUGUCAGAAGAUGAGUGCCAGCUCUCGGGCCUUCUUCUCCCCCCAGCAAUGCAGCAUUCACCUGCCUCCUCCUCUCCGAACCAUCCGCGGCACGUCCUACAUCCUGGAGAGUACCUCCAUCAAGGCGCACACCGCCUCUAACAGGCACCAUCGUGAACUAUUAAUCCCUCUAAUUCAUGCUCUUAUGCCUUCCUCACAUCUUCCUGCGAUAUCCAAUGCUCUGAGAGUUGGCUUUCCAGUGGACAUAAGUCCUGCAAGGAACGUGCAACAAGGUCCGCUGGCGCCCUCUGCUGUCAAGCAGACUGUUUCUCCUUGGGCUGCCCAUCCCGGCGGUCCGUGUCGGAAGGUGACCCCUCCUCCGCACCUGCUUACUGGGUUAGCGGCUUUGUCUGUUGCGGUAAGGAAGAGGGGUUUGCGCACCAGGGCAGCCAAGGGUCCGUCUCCUGUAAAGCUGGACAAUGCGGACCAGCCCAAGAGUCAGCCCUGGGUUGCGGAUCUUCCCGGCUGGUUGGAGGGCAUCCGAGCGCUACCGUUGGAAGAGCGGCCCUGCCCCAUGGUUGUGGUGUUUGACAUUGAGACGACGAGUCUGAGCCGGAGAAUAUCAAGGAUUAUCGAGUUUGCGGCUCGGGAUGCAGAGGGCGGUGAAGGUGCCGCCAUCCACUCCCUCAUCUUCCCUGGGCCCCACCAGUCCGUGGGCGGCUCCAUUCACUCGCACCACAUCAGCGAUGCCAUGCUCACGCCGGCGCUGCCCACCUGGGGGCAGUUCUUCCCCAAGCUGCGCUUCUGGGUGGAGAGCCGGAACCCAGACGCACGACCUGUGCUGUUUGUUGCCCACAAUGGAAACAGCUUUGACGUUCCUAUUGUGGCCUGGGAAAGUGCACGCGAGGGCUUGGCGAUGCCCCAGGACUGGCUAUAUGUGGACACCUUGAGGCUUGCUCAAAAGCAUCUCAACGCCAAACAGGUGGACCCCGAAAAGGGCAGCUUGAGACUGGAGCACCUGAAGAGGUACUUCCAGGUGCCGUCAGACAAGGCCGCACACCGCGCGCCUGCCGACGUGGACGUGACCCUCCAUGUCCUCAGCCGCAUCCUGCAGUAUCGCUGCCUCCCCGUGGGCAUUUUGUACGACUUCGUCAUGGCAUUUGGCAUAGCGGACAGGGAGUUCCGUUUUGGAUUGAAGAAGGACGAGUUUGCAGCACUCCAGGAUCUGGUGGCCGCAGGCGAGCAGCAAAAGCGCGAGCAGGACGAAAAGGCUCUGGCAUGGCCGGGGGUGUUUGUAACUAACGCGCAUAGGAGAAACGAUUCGCAGGGCAAAGGAGAUCGGAAUUCGGUGACCAGGGAUGGGCCUGAGAAGGAAGAAGUUGUGAGGGAGGGACGGUCAUCCGGCGAAAGCCUUCUGGUCUCAGCGCUGGCGCAUGUGGGUGAGGAAGAGGUGGCUGUCGGGAAGCGUCCAGCAGACCCGAGCAACGCAGUGGCAGGGCCCCAGAUGGCAGGCGACGCGGAGCUGCCGAAGCCGCUGCCAAAUGUUGGGAAGGCCCCCGUGAUCGCAUCUGUUGAAGUUCGGAGGCUGCGCUCGAAAAUUAAGGGCAGUCUCAAAGAGCGGGCGAGCAGCGAGGGCCAGGCCGAUGUGGGCGGAGGCGGAGGGGAUCAGGGGCGAGCAGCUGUGGAUGGAGAGGGGCAGGGGGGGGGCGUAAGCGGUGAUUCGAAGCAUCUGCCGGGUGAAGCAAGGGAGGGCCCUCUCGCACCAGCAGGAGUAGAGAGGACGCUGCCCCUCCUCGCCAACCGCCAGGGGCGUGUCUGGCCCCGGCUGCCGCUCAGAAGAGUCGACGUAACAAAUGGGGCAGCAGCGGCGGUUCCAGUUGCAGCUGCUGAGGGGAUUACCAAAGGGCGCCUACCUGCAAGCGCAGUGGUGCAGGAACGAGACUCGGGGGGCUCGCGGGCCCGUCCUCCCUUUGGAAAGGCGGGGGAGCUGAUGGCGCAUCUGGACGACUUGCGCGAAAGAGUGGCCAAGAGAACCUCCGACGAGCCGAGCGCAGCCCUCCAGGGAGAGGACACCCAGCUGACCAGCGCGGGAGGGACGAACGUGCUGGUGCGAGGGCCCGUGGUCGUAACCACCGGGGGCGACGGGGGCAACGAGGCUGACCGCGGCGAUACCGGGUCGGGUGACCUUCCCAGCGCAGGAGAUGCCCUGAGGGGCCAGCUUCAAGCCUCUGCAAGGAGGUUAAAACGGCAGGGGCAGCAGAACGAGGCGGGGGAGGGGCUAGAGCGUAGUAGAAAAGGAUCGAUGGAUGGGGCCCCUGACAUGAGCGGGAUUCAUGCCGGGAUGUCCACCUCUCAAGGGGAAAGGUCGGAAAGUGCAGCGUUCACACAGGAGCCCCCCUCAGUGAUGGAGCGGUACCGGCUGCUGAUGGCGCAAAGCAGGAGGCAACUGUGACAAGGGCACCGCAUAGCCUUGCGCUGAGACACCAAGUUUGAACGGAAGUGCCCCCGUGAAGAGCCGACCUCAACCGAGAGACUUCACAAACUACAAUGCACCGGCACUCGCACUCCUAAAACGGCCCUAAGAACUGUCACAGACAUUGCCGAAAGCAUCAUUCCACUGCGGUGUUUAACAAAAUUUCGAAGCGCUGUACACGGGUCUGUAACUCAUGAUAGACCCGUGUGCGUGCCACUCGGUCUUAAACGCAGCAGAGCUGCCGUCAUGCCUUAGCUUAGGUUGCAUAUCAUGAAGACUGCACAUUACUGUUUAUUGCACCCUGUAACGGCAGCCCACGCCAUUGGAG